AGGGCUCUAACGGCACAGUCGAUCCCGUUGUUUUGAUGAGGAAGGUCCUAGCGACGCUUUGAGGAAACCGUGACCCACUUCCACAUUCUCCCCAGGAACAGGAGCUCGUCCGCGGCCACUUUGUUCAGAUCGAGUCGCUGAGAGAAGGAGCGACUUGAUCCAGCAGAUUGCCCCCGCGCUGUGGAACCGGGAGAGGGAUGCCGCUGCAGACAGACUCCGACGGACGCAGACGGUCUCUGGAUUUAAUGUCGUCGCACUUAAUCGGGACGAGUAGUUUCUGUAUAAAUUUAAAAAGCCCCAGAAUAACCCGCUCUCGACCGAGUGCUCCCGGAAGAUGCUCCGGCUCGAACUAAGCGCUGCCCGUGUGAAGUGAAGACAUCCAGAGAAGCUAACCGCUAACUUAGCCGCUAACGCUAGCUGGUCCGACAGAAAAGCAGGAGGGUCGCUAAUCUCUCUCUCUGUGUCCCCGGGAAGAAGACGCCUGUGUGCGGGUUGACCUGUGUUGUUUUCUCGCUGAGCUGGAAAUAAAAACCUCUCGGCAGCAAUGAAACUGUUGGAGAACUCCAGCUUUGAAGCUCUCAGCUCCCAGCUGUGUGUGGAAACAGGGGAGUCUCGCAUCCUUGGCAGGAUUGAGAGCUACUCCUGUAAGAUGGCAGGAGAUGAUAAACAUAUGUUCAAGCAGUUUUGCCAGGAGGGGGAGCCACACGUCCUGGAGGCUCUUUCCCCCCCUCAGUCCACCAGCACCACCAGCCCUUCACAAUUUGGGAAGAGCAGUGAAGAUGGGGAAAAUCCUCUGAGUGACAAGUGUUGCAGGAAGACUAUUUUCUACCUCAUCACCACACUCAACGAGUCGUUCAGGCCGGACUACGACUUCAGUGCGGCGCGGGCCCACGAGUUCAGCCGUGAACCGAGUGUCAACUGGGUGGCUAAUGCAGUAAACAGCAGCUUGAUCUCAGCCGUGGGCGAAGAGUUCAACUCUGUGGGGCCGGAGCUGUGGAAUGCCAUCGACCAGGAAAUUAACCUGCAAAGCUGUGACAUUUACAGCUACAACCCUGAUCUGGACUCUGAUCCUUUCGGUGAAGAGGGGAGUCUCUGGUCCUUCAACUAUUUCUUCUACAACAAGAAGCUCAAGAGGAUUGUUUUCCUCACGUAUCGCUCUGUCAGCGUCCUGAGCGGAUAUGGUCGUGAUUGUCUCGACAACGAGCUGGACAUGGAGCUGGAUGAUGAGGAAAUGGAUGGUUUCACUGUGGACAGGUGCCCCAGAGCGCUGUGCGUGUGAAUUCUCCCAGAGGAUGCACCUUGGUGAAAGAUUAUUUGGUCUUCUCCCCCCACCCCCCUUCAUCACUCCAUCCUACCUUUUUUUUUGUGUUUGUUUUGGGGUUUUUUGCUGCCUCUCCCCAAGCCGUGUUCUCAUUUUAGAUAAAUGCAUGUUUGAAGCCUUCUCUUUUGCUGGCAGUGAACUAUGAGCCGUGAGGUGGUGGACUUUUUUCUUUUUAAGAGACCCCACGGUCCCCACAGUAACCUAAAGCUCCUUCAUUCUCCGGUGUUUUUUCGUCCCGAAGCUCCAGGCCCAAGAAAAACAUUGACACACACACGUGGGGCUCCUACACACUCGCCAUGUUUCCAAAGAGACCACUUCAUGGACGUUUGAGAAGAAGGUCUUGUUUUAUGGAUGCGUGGUCAAAGGCGGACUGCGAGCAGCGUUUCUCGCAAAUGAUGUCAGGACUCCAAGUAACACCAGCACCAAUGAGAUCUGGCGCAGAUUAAAAAGUUUCUAAUAUUCCAACCUGGGGUCCAUUUGAUUCCAGUUUGAUGUUGACUGAGCAGCUCGUUUGUUGUUCAUCGUUUGCUUGUGUUGCUUUUUUCCGUGUGACGUUACAGUGAGAACUCUCUAGCACUGAGUUUGAAACACUUCUAACCAUUAUUACUGCAAACACUCGUCUGUACGUGAGAGACAGGAGGGAUCCACCGGGGAAACUAUUGACACCUGAGUUGCAGCUUAGAAAACAUAUCAGCUUUUGACAGAUUUGUAUUUUUACCCAGUUUCAUAUUGUCUUUCACCUACCUACAGUAUUUUAAUUUUCAUCCUCUUCCUGGUUGACCCUACCUUCUAAAUGUCUCGUCUUGCCAGUUGUUUCUUUGCUCAUUACCUCAAUGCAAAGGCAUCAUUGAAAAGUGAAUGUAUAGUUAAAUUUAGAGAGGAAAAUACAAAAUCUUGAUAGAAAAAAAAAUUGCUGUUUUCGGCAUUAUUUUUUAGAAAUUGAGAAGCUCUUGUCGUUAUUUAAAAAGUGGGCAGGAGUUAUGUCUUUUCUUGACUGCUUUUGCUUUUUCUUGGCUGGUAUCGAUGUGAAUAAACUGGUAUUUGAAUCAGA